AUGUCCGACGACAAGGCAAGCGCCCAAAACCACGCCGAAAACCACGCCGAAUGCCUCGCCGAAUACCACCCGCACCUGCGGGAGGCAGCAGCGUACACGGCCGACGAAGUGCGGCGGCGGGCGUUCGAGGUGCGCCAGAUCCGCGGCGCGGACGCCGCCGGCCUCAGAUGUUGCCUGCCCGCGGCGCCGCGCAGGCAACGGUCGGCGCCGGACCAGGAGCAGUGUCCGAUGUGCGAGGCGAGCUGCCAUCCGCGCUGCCUGGACCAGCUGCGCAACAAGGAGAUGGGCCGCGGGCGGCCGCUGGCAUACGGCUGCCCGCGGUGCGGCACCCUGUGGCGCACCGACAGCCAGACUACGGCGGCCGCCCAACAGCACAACCGGUACGUUCCCCGCCAUCCUGUAAUCGGGGACAGGUCGUAUCGCUACCGGCAGGACCCGAUCAGCGGGCGGUACGUCUGCAUCUUCGAGCCGCCGUCCACGGGCCAGCCGUGUGGGUGGAUCCGCAACACCAAGGGGCAGAUACGCUACCAUCACAACCGGGCACACGAGGACGACCCCGAUCCGUCCUGCCGCUGCGGCGGCGUCUCGGUCCUGGGGACUGACGGCGGAGACGACACCCGCGCGGACCCGCCGCCCUGCCCCUGCCCUAUUCCCACUUGCGCGGAGUUGUGCGAUUGUCCCCAUGACGCCGCCGCGCAUUGCUGGGAAGAGCAUCGGGAUGACUCGUGGCCUCCCGUGUGUCAAAUUUGCCACGGGGUAUUUGACAAAUAUCUGGACCUCAUUAUGCAUCUCUCCUAUGCGCACCAGACUUGA